UCCCUGAGGAGCCGGCGGUCGCGUCGUGACGGAAGAGAGACGCCCAUUUUCAUUCAGACCUUCUUCCCGAGCCAGCCAGAGUAACAGCAGGAAUGAAGAGACAGAUACUGCGAUGGCUGCACUAACAGACCUGUUAGUUAUCUCUCUCCCUCCUCUCUCUCUCCCAACACUCUCUCUUUCUUGUUCCUUAUCUGUUGGUAGUUUAGUUUUUCAUUUCUCUCUCUCUCUCUCGUCUCACAGAAUGACAAAUUCUCAUAAAAUCAACCCAGUCAUGAAUGGAGCAAGGAAAGGCUCUCACUCUCCCGCCAUUAUUAGAAUCGGUUCGGACGGCAAGCCCGCCUUCUCCUCUCCAUCAAAGAAGAAAUCGCCCCAGCCAGCGAAAGAAGUCCCGGUAUCCCACACCCUUCAAACGUCUCCUUCUCGCCGACUCAGCAGUAACGCCAGCGGGUCAUCUUCACCAGAUUCCCUUUCCUCUGGGGGUGGGGGGCCAGGGGCCAAGUUUUCGUUUGAGGGGACCCGUGUUUCCCCCCGGGGGCCGCACCAGAGUGGAGAAUCAGUGGGGGGUGGAGGGCGAGGGUUGAAACACACGUCUAGCGACGGUACGGUUGGCAUGGGGACCGCAGGAAAGAACAAGGAUUUGUCUGAAGUGAACAAACGACUGAGUAUGGAGGUGGACCGGAUUCUGAUGGACCUUCCUCCCCCCUCCCCCUCCGCCCGCUUCUCCUCACUCCCUCACCACGGGCACCUUCGUCACUCCUUCUCCGGCGGACUCCUCCCCCUCCGUCGCCGUGACGACCGCAGUCUCCAGAGCAACCUGGAGGGAAUUCAUAAAGAGGAGAAAGAGCUGAAGGUGCAGGUAUCACAGUUGACUGACAAGAGGGAGAAACUGUCCCAUGAGCUCCAGGACCUCAUCUCCCAGGUCCAGCAGAUGCAGGUGGGGUUCCAGACACUGGGGCGUGGCUCCCAGACGAGGUCCUGGGGCCGCCUCACCAGCCCGCCCACCUACCACACCCGCUCUGACUCCGCCCCAAUCAGGUCUCCCUCCCCCACCUCCUCGUCUCCGGAAGAAAACUCUCUCCCUCCUCUCUCGGAGGUGAGCCCCGAGCCAGCCGUACUUCGCAAGACCAGCGAACCGUCUGAACGUGGGCUGGACGGAUAUCGCCCUCGUGUCUACACUCCAGACCUCGGCCGGUCCCCAUACCAUUCUGGGUCCACAUUCCACGACCCACUGGCUGAAUACCACCAUCCCACCACAGGCCCCGAGGAGAUUGACACUGCUCGAGAUGCCAGGCUCUCUGUUGCCUGGUAACAAUUGCUGGGGUUAACUGCUGCCUAGGUAACUGUUACCAAGACUACCUGUUCCCUGGUAACAGUUGCUAGUAUAUACACACAGCCCAAACUUUUGAUCAUGAAAAAUACUAAGAAACAUUUUGCAUCUGAAAGUGAGUUUUACAAUAAUCAUACUUAGUUGUCAUAAAAACGAGAUUUCAUCUUUUGCUGUGCACGCUGCCAUAAUUAAUUUCAUUUUUGCAUCAGUUUUUUCAUUGACUUGUGUUUGAAACAAUUGAUGAUUACAACAAUUUUCGGAACUCAUCGACAUACAAACAACAAUCUGUUUAUUUCUUGGCUUUCCCCCAUUGCCUUUCGUCGAGGUCAAAUGACCGCAGGUUCAACAUGAGAUUCUCAGAAUUCAGGUAGAUCCUGUUCUGAGACUGGGCAAUCUGGAGUGGUACCGGAAUGGGGGAAUGACAGAAUGGGGUUGAGAUAAUGGCAGUACAAGGAUUUGGAAUGUACUACAAUGGGGAAAUGAAAUGGCAGUAGAGGACUGCAGGUAUGCGGGCAUAGGAAUAGGAGUGGGGGAAUGGAAGUAUGGGAAUGCAUAGAUGAGGGAAUGGGAAUGAAAGUAUGACGGCAUGGGAAUCCAGGUAUGAGGGAAUGUGAAUGGUGGUAUGACGGCAUGGGAUCCAGGUAUGAGUGAAUGGGAAUGGUGGUAUGAUAGUAUUGGAUUUCAGGUAUGAG